AGAAGCUAGCUGCUGAUGAGGCUUCACCUCAGAGACGUGAGAAGCAACGAUGGGUUUGAGAGAAGCAGCGAGUUGCUUCGUCAUCUUCCUUCUUUCUGUGUCAGUGGUGCAGGGUGAGGAUCCCUGGGGAGUGACGUGCACUCCUACUCCGAUCUGUGCUGUAAAAGGAUCGAAGGUGCAAAUACGCUGCUCCUACUGGCACCCAUCCACAAAAGAUGGUCUUGAUGUUGCAGUGGAGCAAAGGUUCUGGUUUACUAAAGUGCAGGAUAGUGAACCUGUGGAUCUGAGAGAAGCCUCUGAGUACACAGGUCGUGUGAAGUAUGACUGUGGAAACAAGGCCUGCACUCUGACCAUCACAGACCUGAGAGACAGCGACUCAGCUGUUUACCAGUUCAGGUUCACAACAAACCACCCGACUGGGAGUUUUACUGGUUCACCUGGAGUCUCCUUGUCUGUCACAGGUGUCCAGGUGAUCAGCACAAAAUCAUCAGGUUGCUGGAAGGACUGUUCAUAUUUUGAUGUGGAGUGUCACACCAGUUGUCCUCCAACUCCCAGUCUGUCCUACAUCUGGUACAAGAACGGACAAAAGACAACGGGAGAAAAAUCUUUUACCGCCCACUUUUAUUCAAUAGACAGCCUUUCCUGUGCUGUGAGAGGCCACGAGGAUUUCCCCUCUGCUCCAGUGUGUGUCCAUGGAAAUUCAUGUGACAGAGUGAAUUACAUCGACAGGAACAUCUGUGCCUUCAGAGGCUCAUCAGUGGACAUCUCUUGCAGUUACAACAGUUACUAUUAUCGAAUCACUAAGUCCUGGUUCGUUGCUGUGCGUGAGGAUGAGCAGCUGUAUCGUCCUCGAGCUGUGGACUUACUCAAACACCCAGGGUUCACAGAUCGUGUUGAGGUCCUUGAACCAGAGCGAGGGCGCUCCACUCUGAGAAUAAAGAACCUGAGACUGAGCGAUUCAGCCCAGUAUCGCUUCACAUUAAAAUCAUACAUGUUUGAAUGGGACAGAAGUUUCCCUGGCACAACUCUGACUGUCACAGAUGUUCAGGUGAUCUGGUCUCCGAUUGGUCCAACACUGACUUGUCACAGCAGCUGUCUUCUCUCUGGUCGUCCCUCCUUUGUCUGGUACGAGAAUGGAACAGAAAUUCCCUGGGAAACGUCUGCAACCUUCAAGGGAUUCCUUCACCCUGAAAACAACUAUUCCUGUUCUUAUGAGCAUCACCACUCGUCCCCUGUGUAUGCUCCAAAGGUUCCUUUAGUGCAGCUGAGUCAACCUGGAGACAUUCUGAAGGACAGCUCGGUGUCUCUGACCUGCAGCAGUGAUGCUAACCCACCCCCUGCAUACACCUGGUACAAGGAGAACCAGACUUUGUUCAACAGAGCAGCUCAGCUGGUUUUCAGCUCCAUCCGGUCGUCUGGAGAAUAUUACUGCACAGCUGAGAAUGCUCUGGGGAAGACUGCGUCUAAACGUGUCUUAAUAAAUGUGAAAUAUGCUCCACAGUCCUCCUCUGUGUCAGUGAGUCCCUCUGGUGAGAUCAUGGAGGGCAGCUCGGUGACUCUGACCUGCAGCAGUGAUGCUAACCCAGCAGCUCACUACACCUGGUACAAGGAGAACCGAACUCUGCUUCAAGGACCAGAGGGCGUUUAUCGUCUCUCCUCCAUCAGCUCUGGGGACAGCGGGGUCUACUCCUGCAAGUCUGAGAAUCAGUACGGACGGAUCAACUCCACGUCUCUACACUUAGACGUCCAGUCUCACUACACCUGGUACAAGGAGAACCGAACUCUGCUUCAAGGACCAGAGGGCGUUUAUCGUCUCUCCUCCAUCAGCUCUGGGGACAGCGGGGUCUACUCCUGCAAGUCUGAGAAUCAGUACGGACGGAUCAACUCCACGUCUCUACACUUAGACGUCCAGUGUGAGUAG